UAUAUUUUUGUUAAAGCAAUUUAUUGGAAUAUUAAGUUUUUAUUUGGAAUAUUAUUCAAAUAUUUUAUAUUAUUUGGGAAAUUUUACUUUAUACUUUCUAAAAUUUAAGAAAAAACAACAAAUACGUAACUAUAUUUAAAGGUAAAUUUGAAAAAUUGAAUUUUUAUUUACAAUUUUAAUAAUUUAUGUAUAUCUGAAACAAAAUUUUAAUUUAAGAAAUUCAUUUGAAAUUUUUGAAACAUUAAUAUUAUUCUAUAUUGCAUUCCGUUUAUGUAAAGAAUAAUAUGCUUCCUGAAGAUGAAGAGGAAUGUGAACAACAUGAUCCUAAAACUUGUAUGAGUCAACAAGCAAUGAAUACAUUAUAUGAAAUGCGUUCUGAUAAUAUGUUAUGUGAUGCAACAAUAACCCUAGAUGAUGGUAUAUUUAAUGUUCAUAGAGUUGUAUUAUGCUCUUGUAGUAAUUAUUUUAGAUCAAGAUUUUGUUUUGAUUUAGCAAAUAUUGCACGUAAUUAUAUUUUAAAAAAUUUUAUUGAAAUUUAUCGGAAAAGCAAUGAAAUUUAUAAAAUCGGAUUAGAUGAUUUUUAUGAUAUUAUUAAUGAUGAUAUGCUUAAUACACAACGUGAAGAAACUGUUUGGGAUUGUUGUAUACGUUGGAUUGAAUAUGAUUCAAAAAAUCGAACAAAAUAUGUACCACAAUUAAUGCAUGCAGUAAGAUUAGGAUUAUUGAAUACAAGAUUUUUCAUGGAAAAAGUUAAAGAUCAUUAUUUAGUUGUUAAUUGUGAUGAAGCUAAACCACUUAUAAUUGAAACAUUAACAUUUUUAUAUGAUUUAGAUAUGAUUGCAUCUAGAAAUGAUAAAAUGAGUACUCCAGCAUUAGCUUUACCAAGACUACCGCAUGAAGUAUUAUUUGCAAUUGGCGGUUGGAGUGAAGGUUUACCUCAAAAAUGUAUUGAAACAUAUGAUACAAGAGCUGAUCGUUGGAUUAGAAUAUCAGCUGAAGAUACAUCAAGUCCUAGAGCAUAUCAUGGUACAGCAGUUAUCGGUCAUAAAAUUUAUUGUAUAGGUGGUUUUGAUGGUGUUGAAUAUUAUAAUACAUGCCGGGUAUUCGAUGCUGUUGAAAAGACAUGGAGAGAGAUCUCACCAAUGCAUAAUAAAAGAUGUUAUGUAAGUGUUGCAACACUAAAUGAUUAUAUUUAUGCUAUGGGCGGUUUUGACGGUCAAACAAGACAAAGUUCAGCUGAAAAAUAUGAUUAUAGAAGUAAUCAAUGGACUAUGAUUGCUUCAAUGAAUAUUCAAAGAUCUGAUGCAAGUGCUUGUACACUAAAUGAAAAAAUUUAUAUUACAGGCGGAUUCAAUGGUCAAGAAUGUAUGAAUUCAGCUGAAUAUUAUGAUCCAAAUAGAAAUGAAUGGUUUCUAAUACCAAAUAUGAUAUCAAGACGUUCUGGUGUUUCUUGUGUCUCAUAUAAAGGUUACAUUUAUGUAAUGGGCGGUUUUAAUGGUCUAUCACGAAUGAAUACUGGUGAAAAAUUUGAUCCAAUUGCACAAAGAUGGAGUCCAAUUAAAGAAAUGUAUCAUCCACGUAGUAAUUUCGGUUUAGAAAUUAUUGAUGAUAUGAUAAUUGCUGUUGGUGGUUUUAAUGGUGUUGCUACAAUAUCUCAUGCAGAAUGUUAUGUCGUUGAACAUGAUGAAUGGUUGGAAGCAACCGAUAUGGGUAUGGUAAGAUCAGCAUUAACUGUUAAUGUUGUCAAAGAACUUCCGAAUAUACGUGAUUAUAUACAUAAAGAUCGAGAACAUUUAAUAGAAGAGAGAAGGCAAAGAAUGUUUCCAAUGAAUUUUCAAAAUAAUGAUAAUAGUAAUAAUUCUAAUAAUAAUGUUAACGAUAAUGAUGACAAUAAUAAUAAUGUUGCAUCCGCUCAAAAUGAAAUAAAUAAUCGUAAUUACAAUGAUAAUCGUGUACCAGGAAUUAUUAAUAUGUCAAAUACAAAUAAUAGAGAUAAUCAAAGACAGAUUCCAGUACCAGCACCUCGAACUCAUAGAGGAAAUUUUAGUCAACAUAUUCUUAGGAAUAGAAGAAGAACUUAAUGAUCAAAUGAAUAUAAGACAUGUGAUCCGAUUGACAAAUGCAAGACAUUCUGAUUUUGAAAUAUUUUUAUGAGAUCGAAAUUUUCUAAAAAUAAAUGCGUG